AUGGAGGCCAUUCUAAACUUCCAGCGAACGUAUUUGAUCGGCAAUCGCUUCACGAAGAAAACCUUCCCCGGGCUCGUGCCCCACAUACAGUAUCACAUCUGCCGCUCCAGCACCAAUAUGCUAUUGAAAAUCGAGAACCAACUCUUACAACGGCAUCGUCAGCGGGAAACGACCGGGAUCAAGAAACUGUAUAACUCGUUCUUCGUUCUCUUCUAA